AAGUUUGAAAAACUUUGAAGCAAAGGAGAAAACAAACCGCGUAUGGAUCCGGAACAAAUCAUACUGGAUGAAGAUUUUGACGACGGGUCCACCGACGGAGGUUACGGCGAGUACGACUAUUUGCAGCAGGACAAGGACGCACUUCCGGUGACGCCGUUAGAUGCGAUUCUAGACCCUAGCACAACCCCCAACUCCUGCCGGCAGUCUUCACCGAUCGAAGAACUGCCGCUGGAGCUGUCACCACUGCAGCAGGUCACCCCACGACAGACAGUCGCACCAACGGUACGACCCGUGACCAUCCUCCCGCUGGUGGUGGGACAGCAUCGGUUUGGCAUCGGCAGCGGGAAACCUUCGGCCGCGGCACUCCGACGUGGCCCGGGCAGACCCAAGAAGGACUUUCUACCGUCGGUGCUGCUGAAGAUGGCGUCGACCAACCCGAGUUCAUCACCAAGUGCCGCCGCGGGUGGCCCCGCCGGACCGACGCUCAAGUUCAGCGGCGGUGUCCUCACCGGCAGUGGCCAGACCGUGGUCUCGGACGCGAAACUCUUGAAAAGAUUUAAGCAAACUAAUGUUGUUCGUGGUAGUAUUCCUAAAAGGAAAUCGGACAGUCUGGGCGAAUCGUUGGCCCUGGUGCUUCCCUCACCGGACGAAUCCCUCGGCGGUGGCCCGAGCACGGCCAGCAGUUCCGUCGCGACGACCCCGACGACGGCCGAAAUGAUGGAAACCGACCCGGCCCUGUUGAUGCCCGCGCCGGAAGAAUCUCCCUACUUUCCGGAAAAGUACCCCGGCAAAGUGUGCGCCCUGUGCGCGCUCGGCGAACGCAGCCAGCUCGGUCAGGGCGAAAUGCUCCGGAUCGAGGUGAAGGACAGUGUCGAGGCGACGGUGGCGGCCGCGCUGUCGUCCCAGGAAGACGGCAAGGGCUCGUCCGGGAGCAGUCCCAGCUCGGGCGAUAAAAGUCCCAAAACGGGGGCCAUCACGCUCGGAAUACCGCCGCUGCUGAGCAGCAACAAGCGGCAGAAAGGAUUGAACAAGUGCAAAAACCCAGUCAUCACCGCCGAGUACGUGGACGAGCUGGAGAAGAUCGGACACACCGAGCCGGUGGAGUUCGCCUCGAUCAAGGACGGCGGAUACUUUUACAUUCACCGGUCGUGUGCCAGCUGGUCGUUUGGCGUGGGCCGGGACGCGGCCACGGGGACGCUCAGCAACCUGGAGGUGGUCGUGGCGCAGGCGCUGAGCAAAAAGUGCUACUUUUGCUCGCGCUACGGGGCUAGCUUGGUGUGCAAGAUGUCCUGCCCCAAGUCGUUCCACUAUCCGUGCAUUGCCGCGGCCGGUGGCUUCCAGGUGAUCCAGUCGUACAACUGCUUCUGCAAGGAGCACCUCGGACAAGUGCCUUUAGUGUGUACGGACGACAUCAACUGUCGGCAGUGUUCGGCGCUCGGGGACGUCGGCAACCUGAUGAUGUGUUCGAUCUGCGGCGACCACUACCACGGAACGUGCGUCGGGUUGGCCCAGCUGCCGGGCGUUCGGUCGGGCUGGCAGUGCGGGUCGUGUAAAAAGUGCCAGAUUUGCCGGGUGCCGGACUCGAGCGAGGGUCGCACGGUUGGGUGCGAGCAGUGUGAUAAGAUCUACCACGCGAGCUGUUUGCGGCCGAUUAUGACGUCGAUUCCGAAGUACGGCUGGAAGUGCCGGUGCUGUCGGAUUUGUUCGGAUUGUGGGUCGCGAACGCCGGGAGCUGGAGCCUCGUCGAGGUGGCACGCGCAUUUUUCUGUCUGUGAUUCGUGCUACCAGCAGCGGAACAAGGGCUUCUCGUGUCCGAUUUGCCAUCGAGCUUACCGGGCGGCGGCCCACCGGGAGAUGGUCAAGUGCAGUGGGUGUAACAAGUUUGUGCACAGUACGUGUGACGCGGAGGCGGAUUUGAGUGUUUAUCACGCGAAGAAAGAGACGAACCCGGACUAUGAGUAUUUGUGUAGUCCGUGCAAGACGGCGAUUCACAGUGGACGGAUGGCGGCGAUGCGCCGGAAUAGUAGCGUUGACGACGAUAGUAUGUCUGCGUCGCAGGAAAGUUUGAACGACGAAUCGAUGGACGUUGAUGUGGAACCGAGGGAGCGAAUCAUGUCCGGAGAUAUUGGAUUGGGCAAGGGAAAACCAUACGUGGCGAGUAAGAUAGCCAAGAAGAGACUCGGUCUGUCGUUGAGUGGGACCAACAGACCCAAAGGUACGGGUAAAGGAUUUCAGAAAAAGUCGCGACUUGCGGAUUUCAGCAGGAAGCGUGGACCAAAGGCGAAGAUGCGAGGGAUCUUCGGAGUUCCGGGGUUGGGUCUGCAAAGACCAACGGCGGAUUCUUCUUCGUCGAAGGCUUCCGAAGAGGAACCGGGUGGCGAUAACCGGCUCGUACUCUGCUCCGCCAAAGACAAGUUUGUGCUGACGCAGGACAUUUGUGUGAUGUGUGGAGCUAUCGGGACCGACCAGGAGGGUUGUCUGAUAGCGUGCACCCAGUGUGGCCAGUGUUACCACCCUUACUGUACGAACGUAAAAGUGACCAAAGUGAUACUGCAAAAGGGCUGGCGCUGUUUGGACUGUACAAUCUGUGAGGGCUGCGGCCAGCGUAACGACGAAGGUCGGUUGAUACUGUGCGACGAUUGUGACAUCUCGUACCACACGUACUGCAUGGACCCACCGCUGGAGCAGGUUCCGCAGGGCAACUGGAAGUGCAAGUGGUGUGCCAUCUGUUUAAAGUGUGGCACAAACGACCCAGGUUACAACUGUGCCUGGCUCAACAACUACUCCGAGUGUGGUCCGUGUGCUAGUCAGGUGAGCUGUCCGUGCUGUGGCGAAGGCUACGCCGACGGCGAGUUGAUCAUCCAGUGCAAUCAGUGCGAACGAUGGCUUCACUGCGGUUGCGAUCAAAUCAAAUCGGAAAACGAAGCGGAACGCUGCGCCGAAGAUGGGUACAACUGUCUCCUGUGCCGACCGCACGAUCAACCACCCCCUCACCUAGUGCCGAAAAAGAAACUAACCCAAACACCAAUUUCCACGCCAAAGUCCACCCCCAAACCGGAGGAAAAGAUCAUUCCACUCGCGCUGGAAGGCAAUCACUACGUGGAUGGAGUUUGCCUCAGCGAGCAUGGCCUGCACCAGAUCAAAUCGCUGCAGGCCGAGUUUGGCAAGCGCGGCAAGCGGAAACCCAAGCUGCAACUACAACCACCCCCACCGUUGGACAAAGACGACGGAAUUCUAGCCGCGAUCGAAUCGGUCGUGGCCGGGAGCAGCCUGGACAACUCGUUUGACGACGUCAAGCUGGAACCGCUGGACCCGCGCGAAGAAGCGGAAAUCUACAAGGACGGCAUGGUGUGGAACGAUCCGGUUCCGCCGGAAGGGUUCGCACUGGUCACGAACGAGCAGGGCGUGGUUGUGCUGCGCAAGAAACGGCAGCGCAAUCUGCAGAAGCUUGGCAUUGGUGGGUUCUUUGUGCGGAAUCGUGCCGUGCGGACCAAGGACGGGAAGGAGGAGGACGAGAUUGCGGACGGAGUUGUGCCGCAAAUCAGCGAGGAGUCUGCGAGCUCGGAGGUUAAGCCGAAGAAGAAGCCAAUCCGAAGGAAGCAGAAGAAUAAGCUGAUUGAGAUCUAUCCGACGAUUCUGCAGGAUGCGUUCUUCGGUAGGCCACUGCUGAACUCGAGCGCGCCGACAAAGUUCGAGACGCAGGAAAGCGACGACGACGCGAAGAGUGACGUUUCGGAUGAUAAGACGAUCAAACUUACGGCCGACGAGCUGAAGUACGUCGAGGAGAUGCGAAUCAAGCAGGAGGAGAAACAGGCGCAGGAGCAGAAAGCCCUGCAGCAGAGUAUGGAGCAGGAGCAAGCUGCGGCGGCCAAGUCGGCACAACCUGCAACGGCGACAACGCAGCAAACUGCUGAUGAAGCGAUAAAAGCCGAAGAAGACGACAACAGUGAUACGGAAGCGUUGAAAGAUGUGCUUGGUCUACCGAACGAUUUAAUCGAGGAGGACUUUGUCAAUCGAAUCAUGAACGACGACGAGGAGCUUACGAAGACAUCGGCGGCGUUUGACGAACUGACCGCGGACGGUGAACUCGGUGAUGGCCUCGUGAAGGCGACCAAGAACGAGCUGGACAUUUUGAGUCCGGACUUCAACUUGGACAACCUCGGCAACAUGGACAGCAAAGAGGUCGAGGAGAUAUUCAAGAACGUCAUGACGGACGAGUCGCAAGAAUCUCAAGAGUCAAUGUUUGCAAACUCGAUGACGCCGUACACGUCCAACACUUCGACUCCGUCGCACAGCAUUGACGUGACCAAGAAGGCACUGCCUCAGCGUUACCUUAACACGAUGGCAAUGCAGCAACACUCGCCACAGGUUCAACAGCCUCAGCAACAACCUCCAACACCAACAAGCGGUCCUCCCUCCAUGAUGGGCGACCCAUCGAUGCAGCAGCAGGUCAACCUGGGCAUGCAAUCCCCACAAACACCUCAACAACAGCAGAUGAUGAAUCCAAUGGGCAUGCCUUCGCCCCACAUUCACCAAUCCCCCCAACACCAACCGAUGGGCGGACCUGGACCAACAAUGAUGAUCCAGUCGCCGCUCCAGCAGCAACCGACCACGCCCGGUACACCGAUCCAUACGAUGCAAACGACACCAACGACCCCUCAACCGCAGCAUAUGCAGAUGAUGCCGACGCCACCCCAGCAACAGCAAAUGCAACCCAACAUGGGCAUGCUUCAGCAACCGCUGCAGCAACAGCAGCAAAUGGUUAUGAACCAGCAGCAACAGCAGCUCAACAGAGGGUAUUACUCUAAUAACUUCCUCCCACAAAGGAACCAGUUCCAGCAACUGGCCGAUCCGAUGCAGCAGCAGCAGCAAUCGCUACCUCCGCAUCAACAGCCCCAGCAGCAGCAGCAGAUCGUCACCCAGCAAAUCAUUCCAGGGGUACUUCCCCACCAACAACUCCAGCAGCAACAACAACCUCCACUUCAACCGGGAACGAUGCCCGGCCAAAUCCCGCAAUCGCCCGUUCAAGGCCAGUGGGUUCCCGGUCCCGCUGGUGGCGGCCCAAUGGGUCCGAUGGGUCAAUCGCCUCAACAGCAGCAGCAGCUUCCACUCGGUGGCGGACCCGUUAUGGGAAUGGGUCCUGCCCCUGCGGGUCAGGUGAUUGUUGGGACGAGUGGUGGUACCGCCGGCGGCGGCAGCGCGGGCCCCGGUGACAUUUCCGGACCCAUCGACGACAGCAUGGGACCGAUGGCGGGAGCGUCCGCGGCGCAGAAAAUGUCCGAGCGAAUGCGGCUCGAUGAACCCCUCAACGAGUUGGCGACGAUUUCGUCCGUGCUUUACUGCAACACCCAGCAUCCGGAGCUCAAACUGGAGUUCCCGAACUGGGCCGACCGGUGCAAGCAGAUCUUCAAGCGGUGGCGACUGCUCUCGACCGAGCAGAAGCAACCCUAUCUGCAGCAGGCGCGCGAUAAUCGGUCCGCCAUCCGGAUGAAGAAGUCCCAACAGGUACCGCCGCAAAUGUCACCCAAAGACGGCAAUAGUAAUAGCAAUUCAGGUCAAGUGAAUGUUGUCCCAUCACCUUCCUCAUCAUCUUCAUCACAACCACCACAACCAUCAUCCGUCGCCGUCGUUUCGCAACAGCAGCAGCAGCAACUUCAACAGCUACAGCAGACGGAUCCCAACUCGGUCCUGCUCGGCGUAGCAGCGCCAGGUGUUGGCGGUGGGGACCAGUUGAUGACCAAUCCCCUGCAGCAGCAGCAACAGCACCUUCAGAUGCAACUUCAGCAGCAAGUUCUGAAACCUCAGCAGGGCCAGCAACAGCAGCAGCAGCAGCUAAUUGAGGAUCAGGACAAGAUAAACGCUCAGCAAAAGAGUAUGCGAGAGGCGGAACAGGAACGGCAGUGGAAGCAGCUGCAGCAGCAGCGAGCUCGCGAACAGCAAACCCAGCAGCACCUGAUGAUGCCGGAUCAGCGGAUGCAAGAUCCCUCGAACCCGUCGCUCCAGCUGCAGGUAUCGACGGACGGCUCGCCGAUGGGCCCCAUCGCGAGUCCAUCGCCAACGCGAACCCAGUUUGUGUCGCCGGUCAGCAAGAACCGUAUGGUGCCGCUCGGCGGCCAGAACCCGCCGUCCAGUCCCGUGCCGAACUUUCAACAUCCGGCAGCGAUGGGCGGUGGCGGUCGCCCCGGUAUGCAGAUCCCACUGCAGCAGCAGCAACAACAACAACAGCAGCGUCCACUGCCGGGCCAGCAGCAACGCCCCAAUCAAAGUCCCUUUUCACCUCAGUCUCAACCGCCGCAGUCGCCGCAUGAAAUGUUACCCGGCUCGCCGGCUAGUCAAGGCGGGUUGGAUCCGUUCGCGAGGCCACCUUCGGAGGGAAUGUCCGACCAGAACUACAUUCACCACUCGCCGCAGACGCCACGCUCGGUAGGACAUCAGAGUCCCAUUCAAACGCCGAACCGGAGUCCUGCUUACUCGGGACAGCCGAUGCCGAAUCCGCAGACGGCGAUGCGAAUCAACCUGGACGCGGGGUACGCUCAGGCUCCUGGGACUCCACGGCCACAGUUUUCGAACCAAGUUCGGCCAACGGUGUACGCCCGACCUGGAGAUCUGUUUGGACCCGUCCAAACUUCGCCGUUUACAUCUCCUCGCUCGGAUGGUUUCAAUCAACCGCAGCCGCAAGAAGGUAAUCGGCAGCUCAGGGAUCUACUCCAGCGUCAGCAGGUUCCCGCGUCGGGACCAGGCGUCGUUAUGGGUCAACAGCAGCAACAACAACCAACCCAACAAUCACCACAGCCAAUGCAGCCGCAAUCUCCGUACGGCGAUGACCAACAACAGCAGGGCAUGGGUCAGCUAGGUGGACCGCCUAUGCAAUCUCAGCAAACGCUUCAGCAACCAAAUCAACAGAUGAUGCAGAUGACGGCCCCUACCGCCGACAACGGAACCUUCCGGCAACCAUUACCACCGAACAUGAUGAACCGGCCACGGCUUCAAAUGCCCGGUGGCGUCGGAGGCAUUCGUGCCCAAGGUGGUCCCGGAGUUAUUCCAGGUGGACCACGCCUCCAGAUUGUACGAACCGGUGGCCAGAUGGUCAUCACCCAGCAAAACAUCCUCCAACAGCAGCAGCUGAUGCGUCAAAGAAUGCAGCUUCCGGUCGGCGUCAAUCGCCCAGACGGACCCUUCAUGUCACCUCAAGGACCGCAGCAGCAGAUGAUGCAGCAACAGCCCCAACUCGGUCAACAAAGUGUAUCCCAAACGGAUCAACAGAACAUUGCGUUGCUCGCGCAGCGACUAGCCGGCGAGGGCGAAGCUCACAUUCCAGCCUCAACUGCGCCAGCCCCGAUUACUAGUGGACCAAUCGCUCAACCACAACAGGCUGCCGCAGUCCAGGCCCAACCCGGCCAACAACCAGCUCCAGACGGAUCUUCAGAAAUCCCGGACAGCGUGUCGGCCGAGCUGGAAAAGCUCGAACAGGAAGACAACGCCGGCAUCGGGGAGGUCGAGGGAGUCGGAGACAUCUUCGGUGGACUCGCCGACGACGACGACGAACUGCUGGACUCGCUGACGGCGGAAAUGGGCGCCGAUUUCAACAUUCUCGAGUACGCCGACCCCGAGUUGGACACCACCGACGGCGAGAAGUCGAACCUGCUAGAUAGCUUGGAGCUGGACGAACCGGAAGGGGAAAAGGCCGAGGACAAGGCGAAAGCUGGACCCUCCGGUGAGGUGAAAACCGAGAUGAUGGAUACCGGCGAAAAGGUUGAAGAGCAGAAAGCUGUGCCAAUGGGCGCUCCGCAGGAGAUGGUGCAACCCGCUCCACAACUCGCUGGACCGAUGAUGCAAGGCCAAAUGCCACUCAUGCAACAGCAGCAGCAGCAGCAAAUGCAAAUGCAACCCAUGCAGCAACAGCAGCAAGUGCCGCAAGGACUUAAUCCGCAGCAGGCUUCUCAGCUACAACAGCUGAUUGGGGUUGGACCCGGCCAACAGAUGCAGCAACAGCAACAACAACAACCAAUGCAGGGACCUCCUCAGCAGUUGCAGCAACAGCUGCUCGCUGGCCAGAUGAAGACGGUGCGGCCGAAUAUGCUGACGGCGGCUCACUUGCAGCAGAUUCAACAACAGAUGCAGCAACAGGUACAACAAGCGGCCGCGAUGGGUAAGCCAAUGGCUGUCGGAACGCAACUACUCUCCAAGGAAGGUGCCGUCGGAGUUGUUACCGCGAACAAUAACGUGUCCGUGACCGUGAGGACUGGCUUGGUGAAUCCAUCCAGAAUCCAGCAGCUCAAGAUGGGCGGCCACCCUAGUGCAAUGGUUCAACAGAACAUGAUGGCCGGCCAGCAGCAGCAACAACAGCAACGGAUCGUUCAGCAGAUCCAAGGAAAUCGAAUCAUUCAAACCGUUGCCAACCCAAAUCAACCGGGAGGUCCUGUUCCAGGACAGCAACAACAGCAGCAGCAGCUGGUUGGAGUUGGUGGACAAUCCGUACUUCACCAACAGCUUCAGCAACCUCCCGUUGUCACUCAACCGGGUGCGGUACCUGUGCCCGGUCAGCAACAACCUCCUCCGCCGCCCUAUCCGGAACCUCCUCCACCAUAUCCGGGUAGUCAGCCUGGUGCGCUGGGACCACCACAGCAACAACAGCAACCCAACCAGCAUUAUCAAGUAACGCCUCCACCAAUACCGCCACUGCCGCCGCCGCCGCAAACGCAAACCCAGCCUCUACCAACACCACAACCACCACCCCCGCCACUAGCACCACCACAAUCUCUCGUACCCCCACUUCCCCCGUUGUCUUCGACCCUGAUGGGUUCCGCCGCGUCCGCUCCGUAUCUCGAACACCACCGGAGUCCGCAGCACCACCAUCGACGUCCACUGGACUUUCAGCCCGGAUUUCUAUAUCCGGGAAGUUCCGCCCGGGAUGCGGCCAGUUCUAGCGCGAGACGGUCGCUGUUGCUUAAGGAGCAAAGACUGCUGCUGGAAGACUUGCUGGAGCAGGAAAAGCGCGAGCAGGCCGGCCAGCUCGCGGUCAACGAGGCGGCAAACGCCGGCUUGCCCCCGAACAUGCUAAGCCAACAGGACUUUGAAAACUUGCUGGCGAAUCAGCAACAACAGCAGCAAGGUAUGCGCGUAAUUCAGCAAAAUCUGCUGCCAGGUCAAGUCCCCGGACAGCCCGGCCAGAUGCAGAUGCAGCCGCAGCAAUUACCUCUGAUGCAGCAACAACAGCCCCAACAACCUGGUCAGUUGCAGUCUCCGAUGGGUGGUCAGUACAUCAUGCAGCAGCAGCGCAUCAACCCGCAGUGGCGUCCCCAAACGCCGAUUCCUCCGGGUGGAGCCGUUGCAAAUUUGAUCAAUCCGCUGAACAAGGCGGCGGCCGGACCGAGCCAACAGAUCGCGCCACCACCGGCAGAGGUUACCGCGAGGCCCAUUGCGGUGUACCAGGCGAAUCUGCAGCCCGCUCCUCCGGUUCCGCCGGAGAACAUUACCAACGAGCAGGAGCGACAGAUUCAGUUGAACUACGAGAACUGGAUGAACCAGCAGAAGAUCUCGCUGGAGAAUCAGCUGAAGCACUACGAAACGGAGAUCGGCAAGCUGCGGAAGGUCAAGAAGCAGUUGAACACUAAGCAGCGACAGUUGAAGAAGGCUGGAAACGAGCUUUCCGAGCCGGACAUGAAGGAGUUGACGCAGAUUACGGCGGACCAUGCCGUUGUGCAGAAGCAGUUGGAUAACGCGAGAAAACAACAACGCCAGCACACGGUCCUUAUAGGGGAGUACAAGACAAAGCAGCAGGCUAAAAUGCAAGCCGCUGGUGGUUCUCCCGCGGCCCAGAUCGCUCCUCCGUCGCCGUUGAUGUCGCCAUCGCCGAGUUCACAGCAGAACAUGAUCCACCAACCAAUGGCGCAAUCUCCGCUGAACAAUCCGAUGCUGCAGCAACCGAGUCAGAGUCCGUUGCACUCGCCUGGCCCGCUUAUGUCGCAGAGUCCUGGACCUGCGUCGGUCAACUCGGUGAUGCAGAGCCCCGGCGGAAACCACACCAACUCGAACAGUGCCAUGUCGCCGUACAAUACGAUGCAGCAAUCGCCUCGGAUUGGAACUCCACACUCGCAGGCUGCUGAUGAGAAUCCGUUCAGUCCCGGUCCGUCGCCUUCCCCGUCCCUACCGGGACGGUUGACUUCCCCUGCACCGCGUAUGACAUCCCCACAACAUCGAAUGUCCGGACAGCCAAUGCCCCCAGGACGAAUGGUAACCAGCCCGGGUGGACAGUACGUUCAGCAGAACAUUAUCGUCCAGCAGAACCAGAUGAUGGGUCAACAACAACAGGCUCAACUGCAGCAGCAGAGCCGCUUCGUACGUCCCCAGAUCAUCCCGAACGAUCCGAACGUGAGGAUGCGCGUCGCCAACUCACUUCAGCAGCAGCAAAUGAUGCAGCAGAAUGCCAAUAUUCGGCAGAUGCAACCCGGCGGGUACAACUCACCCAUUGGAAGUCCCCAACCGAUGGUGUCUCCCGGGACUCCCCAGCAGCAGCAGCAACAACAGCAAAACAUUCAACUCAUGCAGCAGCAGCAGCGCAUGAUCAUGAUCCAGAACCAGCAACAGCAGAUGAACCAAAUGCAACAACAACAGCAGCAGCAAAUGAAUCAAAUGCAGCAGCAACAACAACAAAAUCAACAACAGCUGUCCCAAAUGCAACAACCCAACCAACAACAGAUGAACUUUGCCAAGCAAAGCCCAGUUCACCAACCCCCCUCACCCCUGCUAAGCCAAGGUGGCCCCAGCACUCCAUCGCCUUCGCCGAUGCCACCGAGUCCAAUGUACUACUACCAACAAUCUCAACAACAACAACAGCAACAACAAAUGCAAAAUCAACAACAACAGAUGAUUCGCCGUCCACCGAGUGCCGGCUCGCAAGGUCCCGUCCCGAACCAGUACGUCCAGCAGCAGCAGCAGCAACAAUAUCAACAGGACAACUCGUUCAACGGAGGCCAAAGUAACCAACAACCUAGUGGCAGCGGUGGCGGUGGUGGAGGCGGCAUCAACAACCCCUCAAACCCAAUCCCAAUCAUGCCGGGUUUCGGCAAGUACGGCUACAUCAAGCUGGGUCUUCGCGGUGGAUCUCCAAUGUGGGGAAAUGCACGCAUCACCAAGGGACCGCCCCAGCAGCAACCGCAACAGCAACAGCAACCUCAAGCAGGCCCGUCCCAGCAGCAGUCGGAAGCGGCCAAGAAGGCGGCCAUGAUGCGCAGCAGGAUUACGAUCGUGCAGAAGGCCGCGGCAAGCCAGGCAACGCCGAUUGAAGAGGUGAUUGCCGUCGAUAGCAGUCCGGACGAGAAGCAGCAGCGCAUGCUGGACUAUGACGACGAGGUGGACAAGCGGCUCGUUACGACGGAGGUUUCGCUGAGUUCGGUGGCGCAGGGCGCCGAGGGGGAUGACAUUAUGGAGUCGUUUGCCCACACGGGGUACGAGAUGAGGGCGAGCCCGCUGGGGGCGCAGAUCGUGAGCAGUGACUAUGAGCUGUUUGCGCAGGACGUGGUGGUUGAUUGCGUUGAUAAUGGGAAGGAGGGUGAGAAGGAGUUCGCUAAGAAAACGACUAAGGAGGGGGAGAAGGGGACCAACGAGCGGAACAUCGCCACUACGGAAGACUUUGAGGCGAUGAUCGAUAGUCGGCCGAAGGACGCUGAUGGGAAACCUGAGGAGGACUUCAUCGGAGAUGAGCAGGCAAAGACCGGCAUGAAGACUCCGACGAAGGACACGACCGUGAUUUCCGUGGGGCUUCAGCAGAGUCCGAAACCGAUAACCUAUCCGGGACGGAUCGCCAUCCAGCAAACGCUGCUCCAGAAUCGUCCUCCGAUCGUGUCGGCCGUGCACAAGAAGCUCGUGAAGGACGCCACGGAAACGACGGCCAAGUUGUCCAUCGGAAACACUACCAUUUCGGUGCCGAUCCUGAAGAGUUUCCCGAUGUCAGCUACCCCACCAAAAGAAGGAGGUCAAAGUCAGCAAAAGCAGCAAAUGUCCAACCAAGCCAAGAAGGUGAUGAACUCCACCGCCAUCUCACUGAGUAGCAUCACCAAGAACCCAUCCGGAACGGUCAUUUCCGUAGCCGGCCAGAAGAUCAACACGACCAGCAUCGUAACGCUAUCCUCGUUGAAUCUCAACCAGUCAACUCUCAUCACGAAAACGUUCGCCAGAACGAGCGUCAACAACCCGCACCCAUCGACCUCUUCUGCAUCACAAAUCAAGAUCCAACCAGUUCAAAGCAUCACCCCAGGCCAAUCGAGUCAGAUGGAGAUCAUCAAGUCGGCGAAGCCAAAAGCCCCCUCACCAAGUCUCGGCUACGCCAAACUAUCCUCCCUUACGGUCACCCAGGACACCUCCCUGCCCACCAAGAUCUUCGAGGACGAUUCCGUAUCGCCGGACAGUUCUAUCGGUCAGGAAGACGCCGACCAGCUGGACAAGGUCGACUCGGCAGCGUUGGACGACGCAACGCGUGGCAUUGACGGAAGCACGGAGGGCGAGACUCCGACCGUGAUCGCCACAGCUCACGAGGGCUCCAACGAUUCGCACUCGAGCGAGCUCAAGAAGCAGGGCGUUAUUCCGGUGCACGUGAUUUCAAAGUCGCGGGAGAACUCCAAGAGUCCGAUUCUGGGUCCUGCCGGACAGCGUGUCAUCUCUUCGGUGCCGCAGCUUUCGCCGCUGUCCCAGCCCAACGAGCUGACCAUGAACGCGAUGAACGUGUCCCAGCAGGUUCGGUCGAUCAUGUCGUCUGUGAAUCCGGCCACGUCAGGGACAAACAUCAUCCAGGUUGGCACCAGCAAGCAGGAGUUGACGCCGACUUCGUCGGUCAGUACAAUAUCUACGAUCUCGUUCGACACGGUCAUCCCGGGGAAGGGAGACAACAUGAGCAAACCGGAAACGAUCGCCAGCAUUCUGAAGACCGUUUCGGGGAAGACGAUUCUGCCAGCGGCAGCCGUUGCUAACGCUUCCAACAAACCUGAGGUUGGUCAGCAACAGGGAACGAUGGCAGGUGGACCGACGAAGCUACUCAACCAGCAGCUGCAGAUUGGACGCAUUUCGCCGGCCGUUUCUUCCGCCGGGAAUAACAUCCUCGUGGUGAAACAGGUGCGAGCUCCGCUGCAGAAGCAGCUGAGUCAGAGUCAAGUUCAGAAGCAGCAGCUGGUAGUACUAGCGGCUCAACAACAACAGCAGCAACAACAACAAUUGCAGCAACAACAACAGCAACACAUAGUUCAACAGGGUGGGGUAAUCAUCCAAGGUCAAACACGGAUUCAACCGGCGGAGAUUCCUAAAAGUAGCGUGGAUAGCAGCAGCACAAGUAGCAUUGCCAGCAUUUUGAGUAGCACGUUGCAGCAGCCGCAAACGCGGAUCGUGAACUUCAGCGAGGUUUCCACGAUCACGAGUCAACCUCCGCCUGGACUGAUCAUGACCUCACGUCCCGGGGUUAUUUCAUCCGCCACUUCUUCAACCACCACGACCAGCAUCCUCAGCGCAACGCUGUCUCAGCCCAUGAAGUCGUCGAGCACGACGUCGGCAUCGAUGUCUACUCUGCUGCAGAACCAACUGCAAGGACCGGCUGCGGCGUUCCGACGGUCCAAAUCAACCGACGAAGCCCCGGCAGGUUUCCCUCGGGAAACCCCUGCCCAGGUCAUCAGCAAGCGACUCAGUUUGGAGGCAUCGAACCCGGUCAAAACGGAACCGGUCGACAACAACGAUGAUAGCAACGUGUCGUCCACUGUGAGUUCAACGACCGGCGGACAGGGUUGUAAGUUCUCAACCAUCUCCUCCAACGUCAAAACCGAAUCCGACAGUCAGAACGUUCUGUUGAAGCAGCUUCUUCAAAACACCGGCACCGGAGGUGCGACAUCGUCUCCAACGCCACCUCCGAUGGCUCGACCUCCAACGAAUCAACGAGCCCCAAGCUUGGGCGUAGUCAGCUCCCUGGAAGCCCAACUCGCCCGCCCAGUGAUCCCACCUUCAGCGAACCCACCCGCGAUGCAGAUCAUCAGCACGCAAUCGGCGCCAACGGUCGCAACGACGGCCCCACCCGUCACAACGGAACCACAACAACCCCCGCAAAAAGCACCCACCCCCAAGCUCAUCUCGCGCGAAACGUCCUUCGUGUCGAAACCGGCCGUGUCCAUUUCGGCCAGCCAUCCGACGCCGAACCUCGCAGCAAACAUGCUCGCGGCCAGUAUCAAGAAGGAAGCUGCUAUCGCUUCUGCUGCGGCGGCCGCUGCCGGAACCACCGUCCAACCCAUCACCGUGCAGAGUACGCUCAAGACCGAGUCGGGUCCGAUGACGGUGACGCAGAUCACCACGCAUCCGGUGCAGCAGUUACCUCCUCAGCAGCAACAACAACUGCAACAACCCGCGCAGCAACAGUUUCAACCUCCUCCGUUUUCGGAACAGCCGAACGUUGCCUUUGUGAAGCGAGAGAUGGCACCGAUGCCGAUGAUGCAAAUGCAUCAACAGCAGCAACAACAGUCAAUGGGUCCAAAACCGCUUGAGUUCCACCAGUAUCAACAGCAUCAGCAGCUGCCCAAACCUGGCACUCCGGUUGAGAUCAAGAAGGAACUGCCGGAAGAGCAACAUCAGCAGAUGCCGAUGGCGUCGAUGUCAAUGGAGCAAAUCAAGCAGGAACCUCCAACUACCCUGUCAGCUGUGCCCAAGGAAGAACCUGUAGCGCUUCCAGCAAACCCGGAAACUGCAGCCAAAACGGCGGCUGAAAUUGCGCACGAGCUGAAGAAGAAGAAGCGACGCGAGUACCAGAAGAACCGAAGACAACAGCAGAUUCUCUCCAACAAGGAGCAACAUCAGACCAACAAGAAGAAACCUCGAAAAUCUACCCGCCAGGAAGAAGACUACGACACGUACAUUGACAGUUUGAUGCUUCAGCUGAGGCAACUCCCGCCGAUGCAGAUCCUGGAACCCCUUCUUCCGCGAAACUUUGGCGUUUGCCCGCUGUUCGGCACCGGCGAUCUCACCAAGUUCACCAACGCGAAGGACUACUCGAUCAGCUCGGGUGAUCUGACGGGAGUGUUUGGCCACGCCCAAAUCCCGAACAUUGCAGAUUUCUACAACACGAAACCGUUCGGUCUGAAGGAGCCUCCACCGGAACCUCCGGCUCCGGCGUCCACCCAGCGUGGCUUCUACGAUCAGGAGUUCCCACCGAUCAAGUUCGAAACGGAGGAUCGCUAUCGGUACGACUUUGUCAAAGAUCGCGAUCUGGAUUCGCCGGACACGAUCAUCAGCACGUCCAGCCCGGAGUGUGGCAUCCGGUGGGAAUCGCCGUUGCUCUUCCCGGGUCUGCGCGUCAUCAAGGAGGAAGACAGCGAGGACGAGCAGACGAUGGUGUACAAGCGGAUGUCGCCGAUCAUCCCGAUCGUGGCACCGAUUCCGAUUCGCCUGAAGAAGGGCAUCUCGCUGUCUGCCGAUCGUGGGCUGAGUUGUUUGAUCCCCGGAAGCAACAAGGAGAACGAGGGUGCGAUUAAGGAAUCGCUGGGCGUCAAGUCACGCUUUGGACCGCCGACUCCGUUGAAGGACUCGAGCAAUGUGACGGUCACGGUGACGCUGAGUUCGACGGCUGCUGAAGACAUCAUGGGAGUGCUGAGGGAUCUGGCGAACAUCCUGGAGAUUCCACCGCCGAUGGCGUACGAGAUCGUUGAACGUACGACGACCCCGCCCAGUCAGAAGCUGGGUCUGUACAGGACCAAGGGACGAGACGGCAAGGAAGGAGCGCCGAUCGACAUCCAGACGAUCCUCAAUGGCGCAGCCAAGUUUUGUCGCCACUGUGAUGUGGUCAUUCUGAACACCUUGAUCACGGCGAUGCCAUCCGAGUUCCCUCUGUUGAGCAGCGAUGCAAGCCAGGAGUUGGAGUCGGAGGAGCUGUACUUCUGCAGCAAGGCGUGCUACCGACAGUUCCAGUGGCGUCCUACGAACAUCCUCGAGGACAAACUGGUUGGGGGUGUUAAGUCCAAGUUGGAUCUUGAAUUAGAUGACAACCCAAGUUUGAACGCCGCGGACAUCAAGCAGGAACUCAGCGAAGACGCCGACAUUAGCAUGACCAGCUUCAAGAGCUCGGAUAGCCGAGAUUCGUCGCUGAACGAUCGCAAGAAGAAGCUGGACAGCUCAACGGAGAAGGACCCGGGACCACCGCCAAAGCAGUUGAAGGGGAUCAAGUUCAAGACGUUCUCCGCGAACUGCUUCCCCGUGCAGCGAUACAAGAAGCCCACCGAGAAGGAGAUCACCGAGACACUGUUCCGGAUGAGCAUCACCGUAACGCCGACUCCCCGAAUGCCGGACGACACUCGGCGGUGCAUUUUCUGCCACACGGUUGGCGACGGAGUCGCGGACGGCCCAUCCAGACUCCUCAACUACGACGUAGACAAGUGGGUCCACCUGAACUGUGCCCUCUGGUCGGACGGAGUGUACGAGACGGUCAACGGAGCCCUGAUGAACCUGGAAAACACCCUGCAGCUGAGCCUCAGCUCGGUGUGCACGUUCUGCAACAACCUGGGCGCGACGAUCAAGUGCUUCAAGACGCGCUGCGCCAACGUGUACCAUCUGAGCUGCGCCAUGAAGGACAACUGCGUGUUCUACAAGAACAAGUCGACGAUGUGCCAGACGCACGCCCCCAAGACCGAGAAGGACUCGGAGCUGACGACGCUGAGCGUGCAGCGGCGGGUGUACGUCGACCGGGACGAGAGCCGGCAGGUGGCGUCCGUGAUGCACCACUCCGAGUCGAACAACCUGCUGCGGGUGGGAAGUUUGAUCUUCCUGAGCGUUGGUCAGCUGCUGCCGCACCAGCUGCAGAGCUUCCACACGCCGAACUACAUCUACCCGAUUGGGUACAAAAUUAUGCGCUUCUACUGGUCCAUGCGGCGCCCGAACAAACGCUGCCGGUACGUGUGCUCCAUCGCGGACGUGUGCGGCCGGCCCGAGUUCCGGGUGCUGGUCCAGGAGGCGUCCGAGGAGGACAUUGAGCUGCGCGACAUCACACCGAAGGCCGUCUGGCAGCGGAUACUGGAUCCGAUGGCCACGCUGCGCAAAGACUGCCAGAUUGUUCAGCUCUUCCCGCGGUACAUUUCCGGCGAGGAUCUGUUCGGGUUGACGGAACCGGCGGUGGUUCGGAUUCUGGAGAGUCUGCCCGGCAUUGAGACGUUGACGGACUAUCGGUUCAAGUACGGACGCAAUCCGCUGCUGGAGCUGCCGCUGGCGAUAAAUCCUUCCGGCGCGGCCCGGACGGAACCAAAGUUGAAGCACACGCUGUCGUGGAAGAAGCCGCACACCCAGCGCACGGGUUCGGUCAGCCAGCGGCCAACGUUUGUUCCGACCAGUUCGCCCGCCGGCGAGGUUGCUUGCCCGUACAGCAAGCAGUUUGUACAUUCCAAGAGCUCGCAGUACAAGAAGAUGAAGCUCGAGUGGCGCAACAACGUGUUCCUGGCGCGGUCCAAGAUUCAGGGACUGGGGUUGUACGCGGCUCGCGACCUGGAGAAGCACACCAUGGUGAUCGAGUACAUCGGCGAGGUCAUCCGCGUUGAGGUGUCCGAGCUGCGCGAGAAGCAGUACGAGGCGAGGAACCGCGGCAUCUACAUGUUCCGCCUGGAUGAGGACCGGGUUGUGGACGCGACGCUGUCCGGCGGUCUCGCCCGCUACAUCAACCACUCGUGCAACCCGAACUGCGUGACCGAGAUCGUCGAGGUGGAGCGCGAGGUGCGCAUCAUCAUCUUCGCCAAGCGGCGCAUCAACCGAGGGGAGGAGCUGUCGUACGACUACAAGUUUGACAUCGAGGACGAUGCGCACAAGAUUUCGUGCAUGUGCGGCGCCCCGAACUGCAAGAAGUGGAUGAACUAAGACGACGACGACGACGAAAUCUGCUCUGAGCAGACGAUACUUGAAGAUGUGUGUACUAUUAUUAUGAUCAUAUUUUGCUAGGUUGUAUUUUUGAUUUAGGUAGAAAGCUCUAAUUGUGGAAACGAUUUAUUUAGUUCUAGAGAGUUGUUACAUAUUCUUAUAAUUGCUUUUAUUUAGAAGAUAGGUUGCAAACAAUUAGGCAAACACUCAGCAAAAGAUAGUUUAUAUAUCUCACACUCACAGCUAUGAUAUGACAAGCAUUGAACACGAUUGCGAGCAAAAGCAAAACCACGAGCUAGUCUUAAGUUGAAAGUGAAAUAUCUAGUUCAUAGAUGAUUCAGUAUGUGUGUUUAGUAACGGAAGCAAAGUAUAGUAUCAAGUAUUAGGUUUAGUUCACAAGUGUUUAUCAUGAUGAUCGGUUACCUUGUAACUGUGUUGUUUAUUCACACGCAAGAAAAUAUUAUCAAAACUUCACCCAAAUAAAGCGUGUGUAGAGUAGAAAGUCUCUGUGUUGUCACUGGCGGCGACGGUGCUUGAAGCCCAUCUCACCAAAAGAGACAGCUCUGAAAUCUCGGGUAGAAAAGAUUGAACAAAAUUUAGUUGAAAACUAAGCGUAGUAAAUGCACACCGCACCGCACCGUGUAAAGAUUAAGUAGACGAGAGAGUAGUUAGAAAGGGAGAGAGAGUAUAUUUCCAAUUCGAAAGAAUAGUGCAUACCACACGGAUUAAAUCUGGGAUUAGGUUAACAACACACGCUGCGUUUGUUAGGAGAGCGCAAGCAGAGUAGGAAUAAUCACACAAAAGUACUUGGAACAAUAAGCUUACACAAUGGCUAGGAUGAAAACACGAUACAAAAAAAAGCAAAAAAAAAUUAACAAUACCGCAAUGGAAAUAUAACACGACUAUAUAUUUUCAGACGAUUAUUUUGCAAUAUAUGAAAUAAAUUUAUAUUUUGUAUACCAAUAACGAGGGAGAAAACAAUGCUUGAAGAAAAAAAAAGACCACAGUAUAAGCAAAGAGAGAAAAAAAGGCCAUUGAAUGUCUAGAGUGGAGAAUGCAAGUGCACGCGUGUAAGUGUUAGAGUUGAGAGCAAAUGUAAUGUAGAUUAGCCAGCAAGCAUGCAACAGAGGUAGAUAGCACCGUAAAAUGCUAGGGGUAGAGGCAAAAAGCGUAAAAAAUAUUAGCUUAUGACACGAAAUAAAAAAGGAAAAUAAUAAAAAAA